AUCAAGGCUUUGAAACGCUUCAGUUCUUGGUCGGUGGCGCUUGACGAGAAGGGCCCAAUCGCCGCCGCCGGCGUCGCCGAUCGACUGCCAUGGAUGACCCUCUCGACUUCGAGGCUGAGGACAAGCUCCUCUUCAGCGCUCGCCCCACCACCAAGAGGAGGAAGGUCAUUGGUUUGGAUGACCUUCUCACUGAUUAUUAUGAGGAGCAAAGUAAAGUUGUUCAAAGACAGUCAAAGAAACGUAAGACAAAAGGUCAUAAUUCUGAUGAUGAAGAUGAUAAGACUCAGAAAAACAAAGAGAGAAUGCUUUCCAAAUUUGUUGAUGAGUGCCAAAAACAGGUGCAUGAAAUGAGUACUGAAGAAAGUAUCCCUUUGUGGGGACUGAGAAUUUUCGGACAGCAGGUUCUGCAACCUCCUCCUCUGGUAAACUUCUCGAAGAUUUUGAACUGCAAACUUUUACAAACUUUUAAGAAGAAGGAACUUAAUGCCAUUUUUGAAGCUAAUGUUGUAGAAGGAACGAACUUUCUAGAGGGUUUGCUAAUAAAUAGCUGGCUGACAAAGCUGGUGUUUUCAUGUGGUGUUGUUGAAGAUUCCGUAGCUUCUUGGACUUUUAACCAGAUGUUGUACUCAUCUGAUGAGGAGUUACAGGAAGCUGCAUGUGAUUUUUGGUGCAGUGUUCUUCUAUCAAAAACAGAGGCUGAUCAGCCACUAGUGAAGCUUAGCUGGUUUCCUUGUUAUGCUGUGCUAAAUGAUGCACUCAAAAGCUAUGGCUAUCAGUCUGAUGCAUCUUAUAAUUGUUCAUCCAUGUCAAAAAUUGUUACAACUGAUUUCAGGCAUGAAGGGCCACCAUUGAAUAUUGGAUCAUGGCUCAGAGUUCUCUCCAGUUGUUGUCAAUUUAGGAGUGCGAGACCUAUCUUUUCUACCUCCGAAGCAGAGGAGUUGCUUCAAAUAAUUUUCUGGCUCUUUUUGGAUCGGCAACUUAUAGGGUUGUCAUAUUGCUUAUGUGAAUGCAUGCGAUCAAUUAUUGCUUACUUCAUGGAGAAUGAGUGGGAGGUCAGCUGCAGGAAUGUUGCUGAGUCUAUUGCGUACAGAAUCCCAAAGGAUGUUAACUGUUUAAGAAUAGUAGAAUGUGUUUCUGGAGUUGAUGAUCGUUCCAAGAAACUAAAGGGUCAGCUGGCCUUGCAGAUACUUCUAGUUGCUUUUGAUAAAAAAGGCACAAGUGGUAAAGAGAUCCUAGAUAUGCUGUUGUUAAUAAGUGUUAAAGAUAAAGAUUGUGAUUUCUUCAGACUGUAUAUGUACUUAGAUUUAGUUGGUAACUGGCUCUUGUAUGAUCACUUGAUAGUAGAAAGCUAUGAACUUAAUGAAAUGUGGUUUAAAUUUCUUCGCAACUGUUCAAGCCAAAUUACAAGCACGGAUUGGAGGUCCUAUGCAUCAAAGGUUCGUAAUAAAGCUUCAUAUCUUCUGCAAAACACUGUCCAGAAAAAAAACUCCUAAGCAAUUUAUAGGGUGCAAGCAUUUGUGAAGCAGGUAUAGUUCUUAAGCUUCAAGACUGUCUAUGAUGGUGCCCUGAUCUUCUGUUUUUAUCUGGUCAAGUUCACCACAAGUCCAAUUCGUCACUUUUGAGAUCGGCUGUUUGGCUUAUAGAACCUGCUGCUGCGGAAUGUACAGAUGUUAAUGUAUGUUCGUCGCUAUGCUGUUGAAAACUUUUGCGUUCAGGCUGUUUAAACAUGGGAUCUUGUCAAUGGCAUUGUAGACCUUCAUACUUUAUUAUUCUGAAUAUCGUUUAAAUUUGGUUGUGCUUUGCUGUGUUUGUCUGAUAUUAUUGGUUGAUGGGUGA